UCAUUUUCGAGAAUCAUAGCUUAUGAGACAAUAGGACGAAGCGAGGCGAGUUAGUAACGUUGUUUACGAUAUCUGAAUUAGUUGCACCUGAGGCUUAGGAAAACAACGCAGCUAAAGAUGAUGAGGACUACCGCACUAUUGGUAGUUUUCACAUUAUUCGUUAUCUUCUAUGAAGCAUCGGCAGUACCCGUCGCAUCGUCAUAUAAUUUAGAAAAUGAAAAUGUUAUGGACGUAAUGGAGGCCAAGGAAAAGAGCGAAGAGGUUGGAGAUGAUGAGAAGGAAGAUGAGGAGUCCGAAAAAGAGGAUAAACAUGAUGAUGAAGAAGAUGAGGAGAAAAAAGAUGACAGUCCGAAAGAUGAUGAGGAUUCCAAAGAUGAUGAAGAAAAGAAAGAUGAAAAGGAAGAGGAUGAACAGGAACCUGACAUAAACGAGGAGCAGAAUGAUAGCGAGUCUUCCGGCGAGGAGAGUGUUGAUCUUGACUCUGAUCAUCUUGUGCUCCAGGGAAGUGGUAGCGGAAAAAUCAAGGGCGUAGUGAUCGACGAUUCGGAGAAAGAAAAGGACAAACCUGAGAAGCGAUCAGUGGACAGUCAGAAGAAGUCAACAAAAGCAACCCAAGGUUAGAUUAACAUUGCUCGUUAUUUCAAUUGUUUACAAUAAUGUCAUGUUAAUUGCAAUUGUUACGUAAAUUGAGAAACAAAUUCACGAUCAGACAACUCAACUGGGAAAGUUUAAAAUGACAAGCUGGCCACCAAAAUAAAAAGGCUAUUUGCGUACAUUUGGGCCUUCAUUUGGAUAAGACUUUUAAUUCCUGGAAGUCAAAAUAAAGAAUUAAAGAUAAAAUCAAAUUGUGAAGACAAAACUAUUAAUAUUUUAUAUCACUUUUACGCAUCGCGGUUGUUGUGACACCUGAAUUUAGGUCAGUUUCCAAACAAAUCAAAUCUUUUUCUCUAUUUAUAUUGGUAACAUAUUCAAGCAUUAAAGUUAGUUCUUUCAACGCGAUUCUAUGUAAGUUUAAACAUUAGAGGUUGAUAAAUUGCCCUUUUGUUUGUUGAAGCGUUAGACUAUUACCAGUUUACGACCACCUGUUCGGAUGAGACUACUUUACUUGUUCACAAGUGAAUCGCGUUCGGGUUUGCCAUGUUCGGGUUUAGACAGCGAAUUUCAGUUUAAUUUCUUGCUAUGAAAUAAAUGAAUUAAUUUUAGUGAAAUAAAGAUAAAGCGAAUGACGUGGAAUGGGCUUUAUAUCAUCAAAGUCCCUUUCACUGAUUCGUGAUGUCGUAAACUGAUAAAAUCAAAAUAUGAAAAAUGAAUAAGAGAGCACAGUAAGUAUGGUUAAGAGCUGAUCUGGACUAAAAAUUGAAACAAAGGGAAAGGGAACUGCCCUGUACAAUUAAAGUGGUGGUUUUCUUAGUCUUACCUAUUAUUUUUAGACUAUGGGAAAAUAUGGUGGCGUGUCCAUAAUUAUUAAUUUACAAAUAACCUAUUCAUGUACAAAUGUUAAUCAUUUUAAAGCAAGACGGGCGAAAAAUUUACAUUCGGCUAAAAAACUUAGAGACAACAUAAACAAACAUAACAACAAAGUAAAUAGCAGUUAGAAAUAAGAUACACCUUGCAUGAACUAAUGAUGUAAAUUUGCAUGUUAUAUUUUUGCAUGUUGCAUGAUCCUAUUUGCAUGACACAGUCCAGGGUAAACGUUGUGGUUGCUGGGGUGAAGCAGGAGAGGGGUGUGGCUGCGGCAAUUGCUGCGGCGGCUUCGAAUGCCCUCACACUUGCGGAGGCUGCGGAUGUGGCUGCUGCCCGCAGCUUAACUUUCCAGUUACGUUUGGUGCAUGUGUAAACAAUCCUUGCUGUGAAUGUUGCCAGAAAAAGCCACCGAAAGGCAAAUGCCAGUGGCCUUGCAUGUGGCCAUGUUGUUGCGAAUGCGAUCCUCCUAAGUUUAAAUUCACGCCAUUGAAGCCCAAGCCGAUGUGCCACUGUCCUAACGGUCAUGGAUCUUGCUGCGGAAAGAAAAGCCAAGGUGAGUUCAUCUCUUUGCUGUUAUUUAGAUAUCCAUACUAACCGAUGCACGUUAAUUAAAUUUCUACAUGUAUAUUGACGCAAAGUUAAAUUCUCAUUUCUGGAAAGAAAAGUAGAUCUAAGAAGACGGAAUUCAUCAGUCAAAAAUCGACUGACCAGACUAUUUCAGGCUCUGAGUAUUUAACGUGUAUGAUAAAGUGAUUCCUGUGGCAAGUUGUGAGGAAAAAACUCAAACCAAGGAGAAGAACGUAUUGAACAAAUUAAUUCGAUGUGAUUAUCGUUUUGCAAGCUGUGUUCGACUAAAGUUAAAAGACUAUUGAAACGCAGAGAUCGAUAUCUUAUCUUUAAAGUAAAUACAAGGUUAAACUAAACGUAAUAUAAUUCCACAACGCAGGUCCAACCAAAAGAAGCGCCGUUGAAAAGAAAUGCGGCUGCGGCGGCUGUGGCGGCUGCGGUGGCUGCGGAGGUUGCGGUUGGGGAUACGGAUAUGGUGACUGGGACCAUGGUUACGGAUACGGAUUAGGACCUUGGGGUGGAUAUGGCGGAUAUGGACCUUGGGGUUAUGGAUCUUUUGGAGGCUACUUUCACGGUGGACCUUUCUCAUUUUAUUAG